AUGCAUGGAUCAGCAGAAAGCUCGUCAGUCAGUCUCUUGCAACUCAUGUCUACCCAGCGUGGCUGGAAAACCUAUCGCGUGCGUGGGCAGAUGUUUGAGGUGGAGGAACGAUAUACAUUGAUGUCGGUUGUGGGGCAUGGGGCGUAUGGGGUUGUGUGUGCGGCGUUUGACAGUACGGAAUUUCGAGAUGUAGCCAUCAAACGCGUCAGUCACAUUUUUGAUGAUCUUGUGGAUGGCCGACGCAUCUGGCGGGAAGUAUUAAUACAACGUAUUCUUCAAGAGAAUGGCUGCCGCAACAUAUUAAACCUUAUAAGAAUUGCGCCACCCAAAGAAGGUGUAGCAGAAUUCUGUGAUUUGUGUAUAGUGAAUGAACUUUACGAUACCGAUCUUCACGCGGCUAUUCAUCGUGCUAAAGAUACCUCUGUGAAUAUGCUUCAGCGAAUUAUGGUACGUGUACUGCGUUGUUUGGCUGACAUGCAUUCUAUGGGCAUCAUUCAUCGUGAUAUUAAGCCAAGCAAUAUUUUACUUGGGGAUAAACACGAUAGCGACAAUGCAGUGGUGUGUGACUUUGGGCUCGCACGGGCAGGCCUCUUAGAUUUAAACGAACCAUUAGAUCUCACGGACUACGUCGUUACUCGUUGGUACCGUCCACCAGAGCUCUUACUAAUGUGUCAGUAUAGUUUUCCCAUUGACAUGUGGGCCAUGGGGUGUAUUAUCGCGGAGUAUGUGAUAGGACGUCCACUGUUUGGUGGCUGUGACUAUAUUCAUCAGAUGCAGCUGGUGCUUUCCAGCGUUCCGGUGACAGGAGUUGAGUUCAUUGAGAGUCUGAGCGGAAGCGCCUUGGGAUUCAUUAGGGAAAAUGUGAUGAAAUACAAAGAUAAACGGCCACUCGCAGAUGUGUUGGAGGGUCUCUCGGCUGAAGGCAUUGAUUUGGUAACAAAGCUUCUUACCUUUGAACCCAAAAACCGGUUGACGGCGAAGCAAGCCCUGCAACACUCUUUUUUUGCCUCUGUUGGAGGCGAGGGAGUAUCGCAGUGUACUCGUCCACCCAAGAAGGACCUUUCCUUUGAUCUACACGCAGAUAUCUCAGAGGCGCAGCUGCGGCGUUUUAUAUGGGCGGAGGUGUUACACUAUCAAGAGGAGGAAACAAAGAAGAAGGGAGGGAGGCAAUCGUAG